GUCAAAUGUGAACUUGCCACCACACAACACAAUCACCAUUUUUUUUUUAUCAUUUAUGUGUUUUGAUUUGUAUCAAGUCAGAUAUUUUACAUCAAAAUUUCAUCAAUAAUUUAGUAGCUUAAUUUUUAAAUCACAUCCAUUAAAUCAACAAACAAUAAUCAAUUCAUCAUCUUAACCAACGUACAAGUUUUCUGUUUAUUUGUUACUGUUGUUGUUGUUGUGAACCGAAGGCACUUCAACAAAUUUCCUUUCCUCUGAUGACCGAUUGUCGUGCAAUCGAAUAGAAUGGCUGCUGUUAGCGAUUGUUUUUCCAUUGGUAGUAUGGUAUCAUGUACCACUUGUUUUAAGCAGAGCGUCGAGGGUGAAGUCUUGGCAUUCGAUCAAAUGAGCAAAAUGCUCAUUUUGAAAUGUACAAGCAGUAAUUCGUCAAAGCUGAACGAUAUUUUCGUAGUUAAUUUGGCUCUGUGCAGUGAUGUUCAAGUGAAGAAAGAAGUGGAAAAAGUACCUGAUGUACCACAAUCAUUGAAUCUACAACGAUUGAGCACACGAGUACGAAAUGCAUGCGAGCAGAAAGAGCGAUGGAUUUCGGCGAUGUCGGCCGGUGUUGGCCCGGAUGGUCAAAAGCUUUAUAUGGCGAUUUCAAAAACCAUAAAACAGGUAGCAUGGCGAGGUCCGAACAUAGUUGUAUUCAACGAUGUCACAAUAAAGCCACCGUACAAGCUAGAAGAUGUGAAUGGCAGUCCAGAUUCGCGACAACUUAAAUACGUAAGGAAAAUCGUGGAAAAAUUUCUCAAUGAUCAGGCUGAUUUAGACGAAACCACCACCACCACAUGAAACAAAUUGUCGGGCAAAUUGUAUCUAAAUCACAAAACAAUAAAAAUAAUUGAAACAAAUGAAAGAAAGAAAACUCAUAAAAGAAAACA